AUGACAUUGACGAGGAAUACCGUCACACUUACAGCCAAACGCCAACACGUGAAGAGCGGCAGCAUCGCUACGGGCAACCUGGCAGACAUGGACCAGUGCUGCGAGUCGCCUCAACACGCCACCGCUGCACGGGGAGCCCGCUGCUCCCUCGCCACCGAGGAGAACCGCAGACUUGUGGUCUGCUACAGCAACGGGACAGGUAAAAGCCGCUCCCACAGAAGCCACCUGCUGCAGUUCUCCUUCUUACCACUACGGGCGCUGCAGGUCGGUCCAGAACGUCCAUAG